UGAUUCUCACUUUCAACCACAAAUGUAUAAGUAAAAUGUCUUCGGCAUUGGAUCAUGCUAUUGUAUAGGUUCCCAGAAGGCCAUUUCAUUACUAAACGUUGCACAGUUUUAUUAUGUCAGCUUCAAGUCCAAGGCUAGACAUGAGCUAACACAUUAGGGGUUGACAGUACAUCUGCCGUUAAGAAAGCCAAGCUUAACGUUAUUGGAAACACACGUAAAAAAAUGUUAGCGAGCAUACGUUUCACAAUAUCGCAGUGAUAAAAAAAUCCGGUUAUAAGUUCCAACAAGUAAUCCUAGCAAAUAGUUUGAGUGUGAGACGUUACGAAAUGAAUUCAAUGAGAUUUCAAAUUAAAAAAUAAAACAUUCGGAAAAUGAAGGCGCCAGAAAGAUCCAGCCUGCGUAUCGCCAAGAAGAGUGUCAAGGAAAAUUACGCCGACUUACUCUCGCCGCGAAUAAAAAAGUGCAAGCCGGAAGAUAAGAAACGCAAACGUGCACGUUUGUCACGCCAGAUUAAGUACCUGCGUCUUUUGGAGCUUAAUUAUUUGACCAACACUCGCAAAGGAACGAGCAGUGCCUAUGAGAAGGAUUUCGUUCUUAUUGAGGAGGUAGAUGAUGAGAAUACGUGUAGGAGAUCAGAGUACAAUGCAAGGUGAGUGAGUUGAUUGUGUCCUCUACCAGGCAAGAAAAUGUUUCCUCCGGUUGGGUCGAAAGAUAAGAUAAGGCUUUUAGGUAUUCCCAGUGGUAGUGUUAAUGUUUAUUCAAUUUUAUUGCACGUUUGCGAUGGUACAAUUUCCUUUGGAUGUUAACCAACACGAACAUUUCAUAUGGUUUCGGUUUAUUGCAAAACACCAAAGUCAAACCCAACCUAACCUCUAUUAAUGCAUUCGCGAAGUGCUGAUAACAUACUCGUGUAUGUGCUUUAUAUAUACAAAUUUUGAGAUUACAAAUUGUGCAUUGUGCAUACAGCUGCUAGUACGCGGAAUGCAUGUUUGUUCAAACGUCCUUGAGCUACUUUAUGCGGGUGUACAUCGUUGAUUCGUCAACUCCAGCAUCAUCUCCAACUUCUUCUAUCUUAGUUUUCUGAUAGGUUCAUGGCAUAAAAAGUUGAAAACUAAAGCUGUAUUAAACAAUACGUUUAUCUUUAACCAAUUGUGGUACCUGUUUGAUUAAAUGUCUCAAACACAAAUUGUAAAAUUGAUUCUAUUAGCUAUCCAUCCUGACGACAGUAUUUGUUGAAAAUUAAAUUUAGUUUUAAGUGAACUUCUCGUUUGUGUAUGGUAUCAGUAACGAGUUCAGAGAUUGCGCACCGGGCUGGCGCACUCGACGCGUGUUUUAACGAGCGCGGCAAACACGGUUUGUCAGCAACGCCCUUGAGCUACUUUACCUGAGCGCCCAUGUGGUCGCACCGUGUGCCUUUGCACCACGGCGCGUACCUUUGCUGACGAUGACCACGGCGACAACGGCGCGUGAAGUUUCACGUUCAAUUGUUCGUCGUGGAGACUUGGACAAACCAUCGGUUUUUACCGAUACCACAUAGAGGUUCAAGGCCGAAAGCUCUACGCUGACGCCGGACGGAGUGAACAAACAACGCACCAAAGAUCCUUGACAUGUUGAGACAUAUCUCGACUUCGACAAUUGCAUGUAACCAAAUUGUUGCGCUUGCAACGCGCGAAAGAAUCACGCUCGCCGGAGAUGAAACACGAGGUGAGAGAAAAUGAUGCAAUUGAGACCUGCAAGUGCCCUCGAUCACAAAUUGCUUGAUAAAGAGUAUAAAUUUCUACGGCAAAUAUUGAAUUUUAAAAGUGGAACAUGUUGAAGCGUUUGUUAAGAUGUUACCAGACGUCUCGGCAAUAUACUGAGAAUUUAUAGUUUUAUUAUAAUAGGUUCAACGGUUACCCGAGUGUAUGCCAUUUUGGUAAUAAUGGCAUUGUUUGCAAACCUAGCUGGAUGUUGAUUGUCUUAAGUGUAGAUGAGUCAUGAACUUGGGAAAAUCAAUAAAAUGCACAGAUGCAAGGGUGCUGGCGACCCUCCGAGAACAAACGCUUCCUCCCAAUAGUAUUGCACCACAGCCAUAAUAAUAUUUACAAAUAUAGUCUGCCUGUUUUUCGAAAACAGAUUUCUAUUUUAAAAAUGUUAUUAUAUUCGGCAAAAUCGCUAUCCUCUAGUUUCGGAUCUGGAAGGUCAACACCCCGGUUAUAAACCGCAUGAAAUGGGGUGGAUAGAUGGCGAUUAGCACUGAAUCCGGUUGCGAAAUUUUCUGAUUGUCCCCAUCUUUUGUCGCGCCAAUUGAUUGAUGCUCGCCGACUCCACCAAGCUUCUUAGAAGUAUACACGCCGCGUGGGCCGAAUGCCUCGUAGGCCAGGAUGUCGGACAUACCGGCAAAAUCAAUGGGGUAACAGAGGGGGCGGACGUCGGCAGACGUCGGCGAAUCGUGACGUCAUCGGUGCUCAAAUGGUGGGGUGCGACAAUGCAAGCGAGCAAGGCUAGUGUGCACGCGGAUACACAGGCGGAGGUAGCGACAGAGCGACCCAUCGGCAAUCGGUAUCGCAGCAAUCGCAGCGUCGCGCAGUUGUUGCAUCGACGUCUGGCAGGGAUGAACCCGCCAAGAGCGCGUUCUCCACUUGAAUGUGUGCGCGCGUGCGUUUUCUAGUGUGUGUGAGAGUAUCUGCCUGCUUUUUCUUGUCGCAAGCGGUGUGUGUCCUCCUUCGCAAGGAGUAAUCCGCGCUCUUUCACCUUGGCGCACAUUCGGUACCAAAUGUUACCAGUCGCCUUCGCAUCGAACACGCCUUAAAACACAGAAGGCCGCUGGAAAGUCAUCGAAUUGUUUCGGUAUCCUACGUGCGCGUUUGAACCGGGCUUCGUGGUGCAGUGUAAAGACCUAAAAAUAAUUCUAUGCGAGUGCGAUGAGUCAAUUCGGUGUCGAAUAAACGCAAAUAACGAUAACAAACAGUUUACACUAUGCCGCAAUGUGCGGUGGCGAGUUGCAACAAUACGCACCGGAAAACGAAAGGCGGGUCCGUGAAAUAUCAUCGCUUCCCAGGCGAUGAGAAGACCCGCCGGCAAUGGCUGAACGCUUGCGGACGUCACGUGCCCAAUACCUCUACGGCGCGCAUUUGUUCGCUGCAUUUCUCGCCGGAUUGCUAUGAGAAGGAUAUGCAGCACGAGCUGCUUGGGUUACCGACCAGGUGCCGGUUGAAGAAAGGCGCCAUGCCUGAUCGACAUCUGCCGAACGAUGACAAUUGCUACAUUACGUACGACGCCUUUCCGUCUCCGUCUUCGUCCAUAUCGAGUGCGAAUCAUCCGCCAUCGCCAUCGACCGACAGCGCGAUUGCGGUCCUAUUGGCUGUCGGCCUGGUGCCGGCUGCCGAACGACGCGCCAACGGAGGGUUACCACAAGACUUAAACAAGAUGCAUAUGGAAGAUGUUCGGGAGGGAUGCGACACCGCUCAGCCCUCGUCGCCCGGCCACGCUGAGCUGCGCUCGGAGCUGACACGCGAUACGGAAUCCGUUUGCGAUGAUGGCCAACAUCAGAUGCAGGAGUCCUUUUCGGCAGCGAAUUCUAUUAAAAUUGAAGGAGACUCCGACGAUGAAAAAUGCACAAAGCGCAAGAAUCAGGAUGAUGACGAUGACGUCGACGAGCCAACAAAGAAGCUUAAAAAAGAGAUCCAACAAGAGACCUAUUUGCGCAACAAAAUUCUCAUGGAAUACACAGAAGGCUUAGAUAUGUCCAACCUCGAACAGAUUCAAAACGAGGAGGAUAAGCUUAUAAUGGAAAUUCAAAAUCUCGAUGAGAUCGCUAAGGAACGCGAGCGCCAAUGGAACAACAUCAUACACGUGAAAAAAAUGAAAGAAGAGCUGUUGCUGCGUAUUCAGCGUCAAAAGCAGGUCUGCAUGAUGACCAAUGGGCUGGAAAUUUCUGAUGGCGAGUCAUCGAAUCAUCAGGAUGCCACAAUGAAUGGCCAGCGCUCUUCACUAAUGCCGAACAAACAUAGCAAGCAGGAUGCCCAGAAUCUGGCGAGGGCGCUGCAGCACAAUUUAGACAUGAACGGGCACGAUCCAAACAAGGGCCGUACCAAGGGUGCCGUACGCAACGUGCAAUCAAUCAUUGCUGAUUAUCGUCAACGCCAUCCGGAAAUCGUGCCAAGGCGCGGCCGGCGGAUACGCAACGUCAAUGGUAACUCCAGUGACUCGAGCAGCGCCAGCCGGGCAGCGUUCACGUCCAGCGGUGGCUCUUUCACGCUGGCGAAUGUUGCAUUAGGAAGCGGAGCACAAGUGCGACCCGUUGAUACCAACAGCGAGAUUGCGCUCUUGCUUAGCUCCAUGGAGAAUGGAAAUCCUGAUGUCGCUCAAGUCGAAUGUCACGAAUCCAGUACGUACAAGGAAUUUCUCGAUCAAAUUGCGCAUAGCGAUCGUAAGAAAGCAUCGCUUAUGAAACAGCCAGUGCCACCGUUGACAUCACAAUAUCCGGAAGUUACUGUCCACGCUGUGACAUCGUCGUCUACUUCGAACGCACCGACGAAUUCGUUGCUGCACGGAAUAUUGACCAAAGCGCAAGUGAAAACGGAUAGCCGCACGACGUUCAGUCCGACACUAGCCCGUUUACUAACAGCACCCGACAAGACCCAAGGCGCGCAUCCAAACAAAUCAUCUAAUGUUUCAAUUUCUGACAUCCUCAGCACUAACAAGGCUCGCAGCGAGAUUACCAUUACUCCAGUCACCGGCGAUUAUGAAGAAGGACGAGGCAAGCGAAAACAUAAUGUGGAAGAUGAAACUGAAGAUAGCGUAGAUCGUCUAGUCAUUGAUGAGAGCAACGAUCUCAGCGAGUCGAGAACGGACAACAAUUCUGAAGCAGGUGACGAUGUGCCACAGUGCCAAGGAUGCAAUCAAAAAGCGGCACAGUUUGUCUGCGCCGGGUGUGGCAAUCAGUGGUAUUGCAGUCGGGAAUGCCAGGUGACUGCCUGGGACGAGCAUUCGGACGUAUGUUCGGGUUAGAGACGCUUCGGAGUUGGAAGCAUGUGCAUGUGCACGAACAUCGAAUAGAAAAGCCAACCAAAGCAACUAAACCAAGGCCGCCGCGCGGGGAGUUACAGUUACAGCCAGGAGAAGGCUUGGCGAUCCGACUGACUUCAUCUUUAUCAAGUCUAAUUACUUUACGUUUACGAAUCUUCAGCGCGAGCCGCGGAUAUAACCAAAGACUAUUUAAAACCUGGAUGAUUUUGUUUACCAUGCUAUUUGCAAUCGAAUCACAGACACAAGAAACUGUUGUUAAUCCUACCACAAAAUAACAACAGUACUUAGGUUAAGAUAUUAAUUUAAUUGCAUUCGAAAUGAUCGUUUAUGAUAAAAACAAAUCUAAAUUAUUUUAUACUAUUUGUAAGUAUAUUCGCCAGUUUCAGCAGUAUAUCGUACAGUUACGAUGUGUUUGCUAAUAGUUUUAUGUUUUCUCUUCAUUUCUUUCACUUCGUGAUGCCUAUAACGUAAACAUUAAAUAAUCUUGGCCAUUACAAUAUCAUUUUAAAUUGCCAAAUUGGUAUAAACUAAAUUUAAAUGCGAGCGACUUGCUAGUCACUAAACUAAAAGUAAUAGGGAUCGAAAUCUAGGUUUCGUUCAUGGAUUGGAAAACGUUUUGUUUUAGUUACCGUUAUGUAUGGAUGUGUUUUUAUCUCCUAGGGAAAUUUUGUUUCAAGAACAAUUUAAUGCCGAUAAAUUUUUUAAAAGUUUUUCAUUACUUGUAAGUUAGUUAAUCGGUGUAUUCCAAGCAAAACCUGUUUGUUUUUAUCAUGCAACAAAUAUUUUCUGUAAGUAGUAUAAUUUUAUUUUACGUGUAUUACUUUGUGUAGUGCCAUUACGAAAAAGCAAAACCCCAAAACUCUUAAUGAAUGACUUAAGUACUUGGUUUGUCAACAAUAUCUUUAUUUUACUGUAUAAGUAAGAUAUUAUUCUGUGAUAUCAGUAAAUUUACCAUAAGAAAAGAAAAUACAAUUAAAUAAAAUUGAACUGCUGUCAGGGUGACACCUUUCCAUUCGCAAGAAUAAAAAAACGCCACCGAUAAUAAAGUAGUUAUUUUGUACAGGCAGAGCAGAUGGUAUUUUUAUAGAAGGGAGAACUAAAAUAACAACUACCCGUGAAGGCUAGUUUUAUCAACAGAUAUUCUUCUAAAAGAGUUAUUUUCAAAAAAUAUAAUUUCUAUUGGCAUUACAAUCACCCUGACAACUAGCAAAAAUAAAGAGAAAGUUACUUAAGGUGUUUAAUGAAAUUUAACAGAGCCAGUAUCUUUUUAACUUGGAAUAUUAUAUUACACUUUGAUGAUAAUAGAGAUUUCAAAGAA